AAUUAUUGGAAUAAAAUUAGCUCAUACCCUAAUCUAAGGUAUGAUCAAUCACUGCGGCAAAUUUUAUCCAAAUCCUAUCAACGGUUUUGCGUUCUUCUAACGAUGAUUCGAUACGUUUUUAUACAUCUUACCCCUAUUGUAACAUAAUAUUAUAGUGCCGUGGAAUUAUAGAACUAAAUGUUACUUCAAAAUAAAUACAAUAUACUAUUCUGUAAUAAUAGGGUAGAAAAUUAACGUAGGUAUAUUAUUCAUUGGUAUAAGUUGGUAAAUGGCCAAAAAACAAAAUUCGUUCUGAAAUGCAAAACGUCAACGGUCAAAUGUCAAGAAAUAGUCAUUACUUAUUUGUCAAUCUGUCAUAACAAAACUGCAACGUGCUUGUAGGUUAUUUUGGUGUGACGAAUAUUUAAAAUUAAUAUAUUAAUGAGAUUAAGUAACAAAACAUGUUGAAACCUAAAGAACUGGGAGAUGAACUCCCAGGCUUCGAUGCCGUAGUAGAAGAUACGGAACAAAAAAUUCGCAGACCAACAAAAAGAAAAAAGAAGGGCUCGGGUGGAUUUCAGUCCAUGGGAUUAAGUUUUCCGGUGUUAAAAGGUGUUACAAAAAGGGGUUACAAACAGCCCACUCCCAUACAGCGAAAGACUAUACCUUUAGCUUUGAGUGGUAAAGAUGUGGUGGCUAUGGCCCGCACUGGUUCUGGUAAGACGGCCUCUUUUGUUUUACCUAUAUUGGAAAAGCUACUGUCACCCAACAGCAAACCGCAGCCAGGGAAGAAUUUAAGGGCUCUCAUUCUUUCACCCACUAGGGAAUUGGCUUUGCAGACUUUAAGAUUUGUGAGAGAGUUAGGCAAGUUUACGGGCUUAUCAUCAGCAGCUAUACUUGGUGGAGAGUCAAUAGAGCAGCAGUUCAGUGUAAUGUCAGGCAAGGCUCCAGAUAUAGUGGUCGCAACACCUGGACGUUUCUUGCACAUCUGCAUUGAAAUGAGUUUGAAGUUGGAUAACAUAAAGGUUGUAGUAUUUGAUGAAGCUGACCGUCUCUUUGAGCUUGGUUUUGGUGAACAACUGCAAGAAAUUGUCGCUCGGUUACCAUCAAGCCGUCAAACUUUGCUAUUCUCAGCAACCCUACCCAAAAUGUUGGUGGAGUUUGCAAGAGCUGGUCUUUCUGACCCAAUGCUCAUUAGGUUGGAUGUUGACUGGAAACUACCUUCAACAUUGUGGCUGGGAUGGAUAUCUGUGAGAGCUGAAUUGAAAACUGCUGCAUUGUUGUUGUUAUUGGAUAAGGUUUUGACUCCAGAGACACCACAGGCAGUGGUGUUUGCAGCUACUAGACAUCAUGUUGAAUAUUUGCAUUUGAUACUCCAACAAGCCGGUAUAACGUCAACAUAUGCGUACUCCGGCCUCGAUCCGUCUGCCCGAAAGAUAGCCCUGGGCCGUUUCACCAACAAGAAGGUGUCAGUGCUGAUAGUAACAGAUGUGGCAGCGAGAGGUCUCGACCUGCCGGCUCUCGACACCGUCAUUAACUACAACUUCCCGGCCAAACCAAAGCUCUUUGUGCAUAGAGUUGGUCGUAGUGCCCGCGCGGGUAGGGCCGGACGCGCCUUCUCUCUCAUAGCGGCGGAGGAUAUCGCUCACUUGCUCGACCUGCAAUUGUUCCUCGGAGCAGAGCUGCUGACCCCCGCCAGUGUCGAGACCAACGGACCCACGUGUCCCAGUGGCGUGUGGGGAGCCAUGCCCACGGUACAGUUGGAAUUACGGCACCAAGACGUUGUCACUUGGGAGAAGAAUUAUUCCGAAAUUGAAGAGGCAGUUCGCACAUGUUCACGUGGGUGGCAGCAAUACGUGAAGUGGCGAGAACCAGCCUCCGCCGAGGCCAACAAGCGAGCCAAGACUACCGACGCUCCAACUAUGACGCACCCAUUCCUAGUCGACGACAACAUGGAUAAGGCAGUGGAUAUGGUGCAGCAGAUUAAGAAUUAUACGCCUAAGGGGACAAUUUUGGAACUCUCGGCGAAGAACGAUUCUCCGUCGUAUUUAGCUAUGAAAGCUAAAAAGCAAGCUCACGGCAAAACGGUCGCGAAAAUCAGAGACAACAAAAAACUAAAGGCUGCAGGUAUUUUGGUAGAAGAUAUGGGACAAAAGUCGAACAAAAACGCUGGUAAGAAGAAGAAAGAAGUUGUACGCGAUGAAAAUUAUAUUCCACAUCAAGCGAGUGAUCAACAUACUGAAAUGGGCAUGGCGGUGAACUUCAACGCGGGCGCGGAGAGCGCGGCGUUGAGCUUCGGCGCCGACUCGGCCGCGGCGGCGCGCAGCCGGCCGCCACGUUGCGUUGGGGACCGCAAGCGGAAGAAGAUGGUGCACGUCGACCCCGAUGGCGGUCGCAAGAUGAUUCGCACGGAGAGCGGCGGCCGCGUGCCCGCCACCUACCGCAGUGGGCGCUACAACGAGUGGAAGAAACGGAACGCCGCCGUUGAUGACGACGAUGAUGAUGAUCAGGCUAGAGAUGUGAACAGGAAGAAACCUGUUUCCGAAUUCCGUCCACACUGGGUGAAACACAACGAGAGAGUCGCAAAGAAGGCGGCCGAGGCGAAAUCCAAGGAAUUCAGAGACAAGCAGCAGAUCGUAAAGGAGCGCCUGCGCAAGGACAAGGUCAAACAGAAACUCAAGUACAAAGUCAACAAGAAGAAGAAAAGGAAAUAAACAUUGAAGUGAAUUUGAA